CAAACUGUCUUUUCUAUCCACGCCCGGCGGUAGCGGCUCAUGUCCUCUAUUGAAAUUUGAAAUAUAAUUUAAUAAAAAGUUUAAUGUUAAUCACGAAAACAUGGACACCAGAAAGCUGACGGAAAUACUGCGCGCUACCAUUGACCCAAAUCAGAGACAGCAAGCAGAAGAACAGCUCUCUCAGAUUCACAAAAUAAUUGGAUUUGCUCCUACAUUACUACAAGGUGUUAUGCUACAUGAGGUGUCAAUACCAGUACGUCAAGCUGGAGUUGUUUACUUAAAGAACAUGAUAACAUCUGGAUGGCAAGAGAAGGAAGCAGAGGAUGGGGAGCCAAUACCAUUUAGCAUUCAUGAACAAGAUCGUGCAAUGAUCAGAGAUAUGAUAGUGGAUGCUAUUGUCCAGGCACCUGAUAUUAUAAGAGUACAACUGUGUGUUUGUCUCAAGACCAUAAUAAAAAAUGAUUUCCCAUCACGAUGGACUCAAAUUGUUGACAAAAUACACAUAUAUUUACAAAACCAUGAGCCAAAUAGUUGGAUGGGAGCUCUACUAUGUCUAUAUCAGCUUAUCAAAAGCUAUGAAUAUCAUACAGCUGAGAAAAGGGUUCCACUCAUUGAAGCCAUGAACUUGUUAUUACCGAUGAUGUACAAUCUUAUUGUGAAUCUCCAAGCUGACCAAUCUAUGGAAUCUGUUCUGAUACAGAAACAAAUACUCAAAUGCUUUUAUGGCUUAAUAAAAUACAUUUUGCCAUUGGACCUGAUCACUAAGGAAAUUUUCACCAAAUGGAUGGAAGUCCUGAGGUCAGUAAUGGAGCAGCCUGUACCAGAUAGCACUCUUGAAGUUGAUGAUGAUGAACGUAUGGAACUGCCUUGGUGGAAAUGCAAAAAAUGGGCUGUACAUACUUUAUACCGUUUAUUUGAGAGGUAUGGAAGCCCAGUUAAUGCACGUGAUGAAUAUGCCCAGUUUGCUGAAUGGUACUUAACUACAUUCACAGGAGGAAUUUUAGAGGUUUUGCUCCGAGUACUGGAUCAAUACAGGAACAAAGUUUAUGUAUCACCAAGGGUAUUGCAGCAAACUAUCAGUUACAUAGAUCAGUGUGUGAGCCAUGCACAUUCCUGGAAGUUAUUGAAGCCACACAUGUUUGCAAUCAUUCAAGAUGUUCUAUUUCCACUUAUGUCUUACUCAGAGGCUGAUGAAGAGCUUUGGUUCACUGACCCUCAUGAGUACAUACGUAUUAAAUUUGAUAUAUUUGAAGAUUUUGUGUCACCUGUAACAGCAGCACAGACAUUACUCAUAUCUUGUUGUAAAAAAAGAAAAGAUAUGUUGGAGAGAACAAUGCAUCUCUGCAUGCAAGUUUUAACGAGUCAAAGUGGGGAAUAUGGACCAAGGCAAAGAGAUGGAGCCUUACAUAUGGUUGGAACACUAAAUGACAUCCUCAUUAAGAAAAAAUUCUACAAAGAAGAAAUUGACUCUCUCCUUAGUCAAUAUGUCUUUCCUGAAUUCCACAGUCAGCUAGGUUAUAUGAGAGCUAGGGCUUGCUGGGUUCUACAUUGUUUUGCUAGUGUUCGGUUCAAGAGUGAACCGCUUUUGAUUGAGGCUGUCCGAUACACUGUCAAUGCACUACUUACUGAUGCAGAGUUACCAGUUAAGGUAGAAGCAGCUAUUGCCCUCCAAAUGCUCUUAACAUCCCAAGAGAAAGUGCACAAAUUACUAGAACCUCAAGUUAAGGCUGUCACAACAGAAUUGCUACAGGUUAUCAGAGAAACUGAAAAUGAUAACAUAGCAAAUGUUCUCCAAAAGAUUGUACCACUAUACACAGAGCAGUUGAUGCCUAUGGCCUAUGAAAUUACAGAUCAUUUAGCAACAACCUUUAGCAAAGUAAUUGAAACAGAUUCUGGAACAGAUGAAAAGGCAAUCACAGCUAUGGGUCUUCUAAACACAAUGCAAACAGUACUAAAUGUAAUGGAAGAUAAUCCUGAAAUAAUGGCACAAUUAGAAAAGACAGUCUUAAGAGUUGUUGGACAUAUUCUACAUCACAAUAUUAUAGAAUACUAUGAAGAAGCAAUGACAUUAUUGUGCAAUUUGACUGCAAAAACAAUAUCGGAAGACAUGUGGAAAGUGUUGGAGAUGUUGUAUCAAGUUUUCGAAAAAGAGGGUUUCGACUACUUCACAGACAUGAUGCCAGUACUUCACAAUUACAUCACUGUUGAUACUAAUGCAUUCCUGUCCAAUGAGAAUCACAUACUUGCUAUGUUUAAUAUGGUCAAAGCGGUGCUUAACUCGGAUGCUGAAGAUGAAUCAGAGGUAUAUGCAGCAAAACUUCUUGAAGUUAUAGUUCUUCAAUGUUCUGGAAAGAUAGACCAUUGUCUUCCAUCAUUUGUGGAACUAGUUCUGAGUAGACUUACUAGAAAAGUCAAGACAUCUGAACUUAGAACUAUGUUACUACAGGUACUGAUAGCCAUCCUGUACUGCAAUCCACAUCUGCUGUUCACCAUUCUUAAUAAACUUCAAGAGUCUGUUCCUAAUGCGUCUAUCACACAACACUUUAUUAAACAGUGGAUACAUGACACAGACUGCUUCAUGGGGCUCCACGAUAGGAAGCUAUGUGUGCUCGGUAUCUGCACUCUACUCGAAAUGGGACCACAAAGACCUAACCUUGAUGAAAUUUUGCCUAAAAUUCUUCCAUCAUGUUUGGUACUGUUUGAUGGCUUAAAACGCGCAUACGAAGCCAGAGCCGAGGCUGACGAAGACACAUCAUCAGAAGAAGAUGAUGGAGAUGAGGAUGAAGAGGUGCUUUCUAGUGAUGAUGAUGAUAUCGAUCAAAUGAACAAUGAGUAUUUGGAAAAUCUCGCAAGACAAGCGACAAAAAAUAGUGCACAACAAGGCAUCAAUCUAACUGCCAAGAUUGAAGAAUACGAAAGUGACGACGAUGACGACGAUUUUGAACCAGACGAGACUGCUAUCGAGUGUUACACGACGCCACUCGACGAGAAAGAUUGCAUUGUUGAUGAAUAUAUCAAAUUUAAAAUCACACUGUCAGCUUUAUCGACCAGUGAACCAGCACUUUAUCAUGCACUGACCAGUGUUUUGACUGAGGAGCAACAGAAACAGUUGAACACUGUUUUUGUAUUAGCUGAUCAGCGUAAAGCCCAACAAGACAGCAGACGCAUUGAACAAAGUGGUGGUUAUUCAUUUACUGUUCCUGCACAAGUACCUACUACAUUCAAGUUUGGUUCAUAAAUUAUUUUAAAUAAUAUAUCAAUGCAUUAUUUAAAUCAUUUCGUGGAAAUAAACUGUAGAUCAUUAAUGAUAUUAGUAAACCCACACACACUCUAGUUACUUUAAAAAUCUAUUUCAAAGUAAAUAAUGUUAAGUUAUUAUUAUGGCCAUUAAUGACCUACAUCCGGUGACAUAAGUCUAUGUUAUAGUCUAUUAGCGUAUAGAAUGCAGUUAAAAUUAGUUAGGGAGCUGGCUUUGUAUCUCUGUGUUCAUAAAAAUGGCUUUUGUAUUAAUUAAUUGAAAGUCGCAUUUGUUUUAUUUUGGUUUGUCACUUCUAAAAUACUUUAAAGGUUCUAUAGGUAAUGAAUUUACAGAAAGUAAUUAUGAAGAUUGUUUCUUUUUUUAUUAUUAUUAUAAUUAUAAAAUAUGCAAAA